UGGGUCCGCGCGAGGCGGCUGCAGGUGGGACCGUUACCCGCGGGCAGCCGGGAACGAGCGGGGCGGCCGGAAAGGAAGCGUGCCGGUCCACCAUGAUCCCCCUGGAGAAGCCCGGCAGCCGCGGCUCCCCCUCGGCCGCCGCCUCCGGGUCGGGCCGGGCGGACAGGAGUCUGGGCGCGCCGCGCCGGCCGCCGCCCCCACCUCAGGCCCGCGGACUGCUGACGGAGAUCCGCACCGCCGUGCGCACCGAGCCCUUCCAGGACGGCUACAGCCUGAGCCCGGGCCGGGAGCUGGGCAGGGGGAAAUUUGCAGUGGUGAGGAAAUGCAUAAAGAAAGAUUCUGGAAAAGAAUUUGCAGCAAAGUUCAUGAGAAAAAGAAGAAAAGGUCAAGAUUGUCGGAUGGAAAUAAUUCAUGAGAUUGCUGUUCUUGAACUCGCACAGGACAAUCCUUGGGUCAUUAAUUUACAUGAAGUCUAUGAAACACCAUCAGAAAUGAUCUUAGUUCUCGAAUAUGCUGCAGGGGGUGAAAUCUUUGACCAGUGUGUUGCAGACAGAGAAGAAGCCUUUAAAGAAAAAGAUGUUCAAAGACUCAUGAGGCAGAUAUUAGAAGGUGUCCGCUUUUUACACGCUCAUGAUGUAGUUCAUCUCGAUUUGAAGCCUCAGAAUAUUCUGCUGACAAGUGCAUCUCCGCUGGGUGACAUUAAGAUAGUUGAUUUUGGUCUUUCAAGAAUAAUGAAGAACAGCGAAGAGCUCCGAGAAAUUAUGGGUACUCCUGAAUAUGUGGCUCCCGAAAUUCUUAGUUACGAUCCUAUCAGCAUGGCGACGGAUAUGUGGAGCAUUGGAGUGUUAACAUAUGUCAUGCUCACAGGAGUCUCACCUUUCUUAGGUGAUAAUAAACAAGAAACAUUCCUAAACAUCUCUCAAAUGAGUUUAAGUUAUUCUGAGGAAGAAUUUGAUGUCGUGUCUGAGUCUGCUAUUGACUUCAUCAAGGCACUUUUAGUUAAGAAACCUGAAGAUCGAGCCACAGCCGAAGAAUGUCUAAAGCAUCCGUGGUUGACGGAGAGCAGUGUUCACGAUCCUUCUUUCAAAGUGAAAGGGGCAUUAGAAGCAGCAAAUGCACUCCAAGAAGGUGAUGCUGUGCCUGAAAUUAAUUCAGAUACUCAGAAACCGGAAACCGAGGAAUCAGGUGCAACAGAGGAGUUAAUUGUAUUUACUUCAUAUACUUUAGGACAAUGCAGACAGUCUGAAAAAGAGAAAAUGGAGCAAAAGGCCAUUUCCAAACGAUUUAAGUUUGAGGAACCUUUGCUACAAGAAAUUCCAGGAGAAUUUAUCUACUGAGCAGUACUUCCCUUUAAAACUUUAAGAUUUCUGCAUUGAAAACAUUAUUUAUGGACUUCUGGCCACAUGGUACAUGUACUGAAAGUGGAUAAACCAGGUAUCACUGAUAGAAACUAAAAUAACUUUGUCAAACUUGUGGAGUUAGUUAUAUCAAGACAGAUUUAUAAAGCUGCCAAACAGGAGUUUUAACGGGUAAAGUUAUCUCUGUCCAUGUUAUUUUUUUAAGAAGGGAGAUGUUUGAACCUUUAUUUUCUAAAUCUUGUUUCUCCAGAAUGAGAAUUUGUUAUGCAAAGAUAUCUGUAUUUCCUUUCUUUAAAAAUCCAAGUAAAAGUGCCAAAUUAACAUCUUUGUAAAUCUAUUUAGCAUUAUUCAUGUGCAUCUAUAUCUGCAUAUAUAUAUGAAUAUAUAUAGAUAUAGAUAUCUUUGCUAAAAUUGAUACUUUUUCACUUUGGAUUUUUUGGAGGGGGGAGUAAGCUUUUUAAUUAUGUAUCUUCCAAAUUUAGAAUAACAUCCACUAGAGUUUGAUAAUAUUUUUAUAUUUUAUUACUGCUUUAUAUUGACUUGAUUUGACUUCUCUUGUCUUUGCUUUUGCCUAAUGCUUGUAACCUAUCAGUGAAAAGCCCUGGCUCAUUUUUUUUUUUUUUU